UACUGAUCCAGAAACCACAUAUGCAUUUCUUCAUUACACAAUGCAGGAGUUUUUUGCAGCACUGUGGCUCUUGAAGAGUCCCGAUCACAUCAAGGCUGUUUUUCAGCAGUGCUUGACUGAGGAGAAGAAGCACAUGAAACAUCUGAUCCCCUUCAUGUGUCGGCUGUUGAGCGAGAAGAGCCCCAGUUUGAUGAAGUGUCUGAUUCCAGCUGAGGAGCUCAGGAAUACCUCCGACUGGUUCUUCAGGGAAAUGAUAGCCAAAUUUUCCCCUCGUCUGUGUGAGUACGAGGAGACUGGUGCUGACGACAGCGACUGUGACAUCGACAUACUGUUCUUAUGUCAGUGCUUGUAUGAGUCCCAGUGUCCUGAAGCAUGCGCCUGCCUUCUGGACAAUCUGGACUACAGUCUCGAUCUCAGUGGAGUGAAUCUGGAUCCUUACCCUUGUAGUGCUGUGGCCUAUGUGAUCACUCAGUCGAAGGAGAGGAAAAUACGGCUGGACCUUGAGGACACAUCGGUAUCAGAACAAGGGAUGAGACAACUGCUGGGAUGCUUUAAACAUGUCCAAUGGUGUGACCCUCUGACCCGACAGAUAUCGAAAAAUUUCCUUCUUAGUGAAGGGCAGAUUGGAUUUGAUGGAAAUGAGUUGCAUCUUCCAGCUGAGGGUGAAACCCAGCUGUUUGAAAGGGCUGUGGAGGUCCUGCAGAACAUGACUACGGAGGUGAAUCUCUGCCUCCACUGGGACAGGGGGAGCCACGCCUGCCACAGUCUGUGUGAGGCGCUGUUACAGGCUUUGCCAUUCAUCCGCUCACUCAGCUUCAGGAAAACGCAGAGAGACCCAGGACUACAGGACCUGGAGCAGCAACACUUAACACUGGACAGGGAAAAGGGACUGUUACUGGAUUUAUGUCUUAAGGCAGUUCACAAAGGAGAAAACUGUGGAAAUGCAGUGAAUAAACUCUUCUCACUAUUUCAUGUUGCUGCAGAGUUAGAUGACUUACUUCUUGUUUUUUACGAACGUCUCAAGACUGAAAGAUGUUUAAAUGUCCUUCCAAGCCUGAGGCCACUUUUCCAGUUGACUCCUUCAGUCUGGUCCAUAGACCUCUCAGAGAGAAAGGCCUCCAUCCUCCUGGAAGUGCUGAAACUCCAAACAGAGAAGAAACACGUGAAGCUGACAGGCUGCUCACAUGGAGAGAGUGAAGUGAAGAGUCUCCUACAGUGUCUGCCUUAUAUCUCACAGCUCAGUUUUUGUUCUCGGUGGUCAGCUGAUUAUGAUGGAGCCAAGUUGUUGGCGAAUCUGUUCUGUGCAGCAGCAGAGAGAGAACAAGAGACAGGAGAGACGACACUGGAGCUGUUGUCGUCAGUCUGCACCGAUACAAUAUUACCGUGUAACGACAUAGAUGAUGAUGAUGAUGAUGAUGAUGACAAUUAUAAGCAACAUCAGUUUAACUUCCUGCUGGAUCUGUGCUCGCAUGUGAAGGACUAUGAGACUAAAACAGGCCUGAGGGUCCUUCCAUCAUUACGACCACUUUUCCAGUCGAUUCCUUCAGUCUGGUUCAUAUACCUCUCAAAGAGAAAGGCCUCCAUCCUCCUGGAAGUGCUGAAACUCCAAGCAGAGAAGAAACACGUGAAGCUGAGAGGCUGCUCACAUGGAGAGAGUGAAGUGAAGAGUUUCCUACAGUGUCUGCCUUAUAUCUCACAGCUCAGUUUUUAUCCUUUGCGGUUAGCUUGUCGUGAUGGAGCCAAGUUUUUGGCGAAUCUGUUCUAUGCAGCAGCAGAGAGAGAACAGGAGACAGGAGAGACGACACUGGAGCUGUUGUCGUCAGUCUGCACUUAUGAAACAUUCCCUUUUGAAGACAUAGAUGAUGAUGAUGAUGAUGAUUAUAAGGAAGAUCAGUGUGACUUCCUGCUGGAUCUGUACUCCAAUGUGAAGGACUAUGAGACUAAAACAGGCCUGAGGGUCCUUCCAUCAUUACGACCACUUUUCCAGUCGAUUCCUUCAGUCUGGUUCAUAUACCUCUCAAAGAGAAAGGCCUCCAUCCUCCUGGAAGUGCUGAAACUCCAAGCAGAGAAGAAACACGUGAAGCUGAGAGGCUGCUCACAUGGAGAGAGUGAAGUGAAGAGUUUCCUACAGUGUCUGCCUUAUAUCUCACAGCUCAGUUUUUAUCCUUUGCGGUUAGCUUGUCGUGAUGGAGCCAAGUUUUUGGCGAAUCUGUUCUAUGCAGCAGCAGAGAGAGAACAGGAGACAGGAGAGACGACACUGGAGCUGUUGUCGUCAGUCUGCACUUAUGAAACAUUCCCUUUUGAAGACAUAUAUGAUGAUGAUGAUUAUAAGGAAGAUCAGUGUGACUUCCUGCUGGAUCUGUGGUCCCAUGUAAAGGACUAUAAGACUAAAACAGGCCUGAGGGUCCUUCCAUUAUUACAACCACUUUUCCAGUCGACUCCUUCAGUCUGGGCCAUAGACCUCUCAGAGAGAAAGGCCUCCAUCCUCCUGGAAGUGCUGAAACUCCAAGCAGAGAAGAAACACGUGAAGCUGACAGGCUGCUCACAUGGAGAGAGUGAAGUGAAGAGUCUCCUACAGUGUCUGCCUUAUAUCUCACAGCUCAGAAUGAGUGAAGAGAGUUUCCAGCAGCUACUGGCCCUCCUCUGUGAGAUCCAGGACAAGGACUUGACCCAGUCCUUCUUGAGUAAGGUAGACCUGACCUCCCACUGUCUAAACUGGGAGCUCCUUCACUAUCUGCUACAGCAGUCAGCUCAGCCCAUCACUGUGGGCCUGAGAAAGAACCCCUUCCUGCAAGAGAGCAUCACACAUCUGCUUCCCUUCCUGGACAGGAUUGUGUUUAAAAGGUUCAGUCCCAGCUUUGUGCUGACUGCCAUCAGAGAGCUCCACAGAGCUCAGGCCAGUCACAUCAUACCCAGUUUAGUGAAGUCAUUCGAUCAUGUGAUCAGCCUGACCCGCAGAGAGCUGGACUCCGAUGACUGUGCUGCUCUGCUCUUCACCCUCACACACAGUGACAGAGUUCACCUGAACCUGACGUGGACCUCCAUACCGGCCGGGGAAACAGAGUCCAUCCUGUUCACACUGGACAAAGUUUCUCAGCUCAGCAUUGACAGGACUCUGCUGCUUCACUUUGUCCACUGCUGUGCUGCCUCUGACGCCCAGCAGGAGGCAGCACCAGGUCUGCUCAGGACUCUGCAGCACCAGUUGGAUCUAUCUUCCUCCGCCUCUGUGGAGCUGCUAGAGCACGGUCAGACUGAGCCUCUGAGUCUGACUGCUGGUGACUGCAGGGCCAUCUCCACCGUCCUGACACACAGCAGCCAGGACACAGAGCUGGACCUGCGAGACUGUGAGGUGCAGGACGGUGCCCUGGACCUGCUGUUUCCUGUGCUAGACAGAGUCCACCUCAGAGCCAGUAAAGCUCUCGUCCUCCAGCUGGUGUCUCUGGUCCCUGUGAACAGAGAGAGGGACACGGUGAGACGGACAGUGUCCCUGUGUAGAGCCCUGGGGGGGGAGCUGGACCUCAGCCACACCACACUGGAUCAGAGGUCCUGUGGAGCUUUGGUUCUGAUGUUGGACCACUGUGAAGGACUGACAGAGCUGGACCUCAGCUACUGUGAGCUCACUGACCAGCUGCUGCUCACACUCGCCACACAGCUGCACAAAGUCCAGGUCCUGGAUCUGAGUCACAAUGAGAUCAGUGAUGCUUCAGCUGGCACGUUACUCCAGCUGGUCUCCAUCAACCCCUCCAUCCACACAGUGAGGCUCUUCAGAAACAGCAUUGUGGACAUGUCGCCCUUUAAGAAGCACCAGCAGUUUGAAAUAUGGUGACCCAGUCAACGGUCAGGUCCCAGUGUGAUCAUCAGGGAACAAUAGUUUUAUGGUCUUUUCAUGAUGGCUGGAUGAAAAUAGUACCUAAUACUGUGGUAGUCAGUACUUGACAAUCUUGUGACAUUAUAGUGGCAUUACUUUAGGUAGAUAAGGUGUUGAGGUCAGCAGUGAUUUCUAAGAUCAUGACUUGUCUCCAGUUUUUUAUAAUGUGGAUUUGUUUUUUUUUUUUUUUUUUUUUUUUUUUUUGGACUGACACUAUAAUGAUUCCUCCCAUGUCUAUACAUCAGUUUGUUCUUCAGGGAUCAUGAUUAUAUUAUUUUUAUUGUAGAAAAAUAAAUAGAGGUCAUAAGUGUGGGGUUUUUCAGUACUAUUAAUUGAUCUAAUUUAUAUUUGUGUGCUUUUGGAAUAACUGUAUUCUUGAAUACAUGAUCUAGUUGUAACUAUAUAAUGCAUAUUUCUGUAAAACACACAGUAAUGUUGUGUUAUGUUUUAGGUUUUCAGAGUAAAUAGCCAUUUUUACAAACAUGCAAAGUAGACAAAAUUGUUUUGGUGGUGUUUGAAUGAGAACAUUUUAACAUUUGAUCAUUAAAAAUAAUGAAAAUCCACAUUAAGCGCUGCUGUGCUGACUGGGUAAAAUUU